GGGGUUCUUCUUCCGCCCCGUCGGCACUGCGGGCUUCCGGGACGGAGGAUGGCGACGGAGCGGCUGAGCUGGUGGGAGCGCCCCGAGCGGCCCUUGGCGCCCCUCAGCGAGCGGCAGCGGGACUCGGUGCUGGAGCUGCGCGCGGCCUCACCGGGGCUGCCCCUUCCGCCCGAGCUGCCCAUAGAAGAUUUAAAUAGCCUUGUCCAGCCAUCAUUAACAGUGACGCUCACAGCCACAUUGCCAGAGUCUACAGAGAACAUUCUCUUGAAAGGAUUCUCUUCUUUUGGUAUGGAAAAUGAAAGAAUUGAAACGGCGCAGCAGUUCUUCUCGUGGUUUGAUCAACUUCAUACACAGAUGGACCAAGAUGAGGAGACCAAAUACCGGCUGGCCAGGGCAGCUUAUGCUGGAUUUGAAGAGCAGUGUGAUGCCAUCCUGAAUGAUGUGAAUUGCGCUCUUCAGCACCUAAAGUCCCUGCAGGAACAAUACCUCUUUGUCUCAACCAAAACAGGGACCCUGCACGAAGCCUGCGAGCAGCUGCUCAAAGAGCAGUCGGAGCUUGUGGACCUGGCAGAAAAUAUUCACCAGAAACUGUCCUAUUUCAUUGAACUGGAAAAUAUUAAUACAAAAUUGAAUUCUCCCACGCUGUCUGUCAGCAGUGAAAGCUUCAUCUCGAUGCUGAACAAGCUGGACGACUGCAUAGCCUAUGUGUCCUCCCAUCCAAAUUUUAGGGACUGCGCUGUGUAUCUGGCAAAGUGCAACCAGUGUCUUUCUAAAGCGGUGCAUCUUAUGAAAGCAUACGCGGUGAACACCCUGCAGAACCUCACAAAUCAGUUAAUGAAAAGGGAUCCUUUGCUGGCUCCAAAUUCAGACAACGCCUUUACUUUGUUUUAUCUGAAGUUCAGAGCUGCUGCACCCAAAGUCCGGACACUUUUUGAACAAAUCGAGCAACGAUCUGAGAAAAUGCCGGAAUACCGGCAACUAUUAAGUGAAAUCCACCACUGUUACCUCAAUCAGAGAGAACACCUGUUGGGGCCUAGCAUCACCAGCACGGUCACAGAAUUAACUAAUCGAAACAACAGAGAUCAUUGCGCUCUGGUACGAAGCGGCUGUGCCUUCAUGGUUCACGUGUGCCAGGAUGAACACCAGCUGUUUGACGAGUUCUUCACAAAACCAACACCCAAACUGGAUGAGCUUCUGGAAAAGCUGUGCUUGUCAUUGUAUGACGUCUUGAGGCCCCUGAUCAUCCACGUAAUUCAUUUGGAAACCUUGUCUGAACUCUGCGGGAUCCUUAAAAAUGAAAUGCUGGAAGAUCAUGUGCAAAACAACGUGAAGCAGCUGGGGGCUUUCGCUGCCGGAGUGAAGCAGAUGCUGGAGGAUGUUCAAGAGCGGCUGGUUUACAGGACCCACAUCUACAUUCAGACCGACAUUCUGGGCUACAAGCCUGCCCCCGGGGACCUGGCCUAUCCUGCCAAGUUGGAAAUGAUGGAGCAAAUUGCCCAGAGCUUAAAAGAGGAAGAGAAGAAAUCGCACGCGGAGGCUUCCUCGACAGCUGCAAAGCAGGAAGAUCCAGACAGCUGCAGCGAGGUAAAACUUGAUACGCUGGGACCUUGUAGUCCGAGAGCCCAUAACUCCGUUUCCCCUGCGGAUCUCCACGGGAUGUGGUACCCCACCGUGAGGAGGACCCUGGUCUGCCUCUCCAAGCUUUACAGGUGCAUCGAUGGAACGGUCUUCCAAGGAUUGUCGCAGGAGGCGCUGUCGGCCUGCAUACAGUCCUUGUUGGCGGCUGCAGACUCGAUUGCUAAAAGCAAGACUCAGAUCGACGGGCAGCUUUUUCUCAUAAAGCACCUUCUGAUUCUCCGUGAGCAAAUUGCUCCCUUCCACACCGAAUUCACCAUUAAGGAAAUUUCGCUGGAUCUGAAGAAAACCAGAGAUGCUGCCUUUAAAAUCCUGAAUCCCAUGACGGUUCCCCACUUCUUCAGACUAAGUAGCAACAAUGCAAUCAUACAGUUCUUGCUGGAGGGCACGCCAGAGAUCAGGGAGCACUACAUCAACUCCAAGAAGGACGUGGACCGGCACCUCAAGCUGGCUUGCGAGCAGUUCAUUCAGCAGCAGACCCAGCAGCUUGUCGAGCCCCUGCAGGAGUUUCUGUCAAAGGUUUCAGCCUUGACCGCGGUGGCUUCUCAGAGGGGUCCCAAGUACAAUCUCUCACAGCAGCCUUGGGCCCAACCAGCGAAGAUCAACGACUUGGUGUCCUCCACCUACAAGAGAAUAAAAACGAAGCUGCCGCCAACCUUACAGAGCCUGUCGCUUUAUUUGUCGAACAAGGACACCGAAUUCAUCUUGUUCAAGCCCGUGAGGAACAAUAUCCAGCAGGCGUUUCAGAAGCUGCAUGCCGUCCUAAAAGAAGAAUUUAGUAGCGAAGAUCUCCAGAUCAUAGCUUGUCCGUCAAUGGAACAGGUAAAUCUCCUUUUGUCAGUAACCAAGUAGCCAAAGCUCACACGGCUUCUUCUUCGUAGCCUCCGUGGUGGUUGGAGAGGAUCCCACUUCCCAUCCCUCGAAGGCGGGAGAGAGAAGAGUGAUUGCUGCUGUUCUGCCAGUUCAGAAGCAUCCCUAAAGAUUCGUGGAAAGCGCCUCUCUCUCUCUCUCUCUUCCUGGCGGCAGCUACUGUGGUGAAAAGCAGCCCCCUGCUUGCAUUCCUCUGCUCCAUUUCGUACCCAGAGAAGAUCUGCUUUGCCAACUCCCUUAAAAUAAUUUGGAACAACUGCAGUUUGGAGAACGGAUGCCUUUUAUUCAUAAACUGUACAUCAGGAACACUUUGAAGUGUAUAUACAUGCCUUCCCAACGAAGUAAUAUUGCCAAUAAUGAGCGUGAUUAUAUUGUUCAUACAUGCCAACAAAUCGUCAGACUUUGUAGAGUGCAAAUGCUAAUAGUGAAUUUAUGGAAGAUGCCAUAUAAUCAGAUUAUGGUAUAGGUAUAGCACUUAAUGUAAUCUACUUCGAGAUACCAGUGGUUUUUUCCCCCAAAAAACCUUUAUACUGAUGAAUGCUGACAUUGUUUUUAUUCCUGGCAAAUAGAUUGCCUUGCCUUAAAAUUAUGUCCACAAGUUUAUGCAGAAAAUACAGCGCGGUUGUAAUAAAUUCCCAUUUAAUAGGUUAUGACUGAUCCAUAAUUAAUAUGUAGAAAAUGUGAUGUGGAAAGAUUGGGAGAAUGGAGUAUGUAAUUGAAGUGUAGAGCUGCAAGAUCUCUUGCAAAAACAGAAGCAAACUCAAUUUUUUCCCAUAAUUAAAUCUGCCCUUGAAUUAGAACAGUGUGUUUGUUACUGUGAAGUUACAAAAAGACAUGCCUUGUCUCUAAACUGAUUGUUGUGCAUUUUUACCAGGCGUGGAGAAGUAUUGAAGUUUGCAUUUUACACCUAGUAUAUAUUGUAUUAUAAG